UUUAAAAUAUUUUCUGGAGUAAUUUUUUUGAUUAAACUGCAUGAUGUUUCAUGUGUGUGAAUUGCAUUUUAGCUAAAAAAUAGAUAACAAGGUGGAGAGGAUAUGAAUGGUUGUGACUUCAAGAGUCGUACGGGGAGCCGACUUGAUGAGAUUGAGGGGAAGUUUUUUGAGGAAAGGGUCACCCUUGAAGCCAAGUACCAGAAGCUGUAUGAACCAUUGUACGCUAAGAGGUACAACAUUGUAAAUGGAGUUGUGGAGGUUGAUGGCGUUGCUCAAGAACCUACGAGUGAAAAUGCUGUAGAGGGGGGAGAUUCAGAUUAUGAAAUCAAAGUUUGCACUGCCUCUUAGAGAUCACCAUUCUGAUGUUUUGUUAACCU